AGUUCAUCUACCUGUCACCAUCAACAAUAUCACAGUUCAUCUACCUGUCACUAUCACCAAUAUCACAGUUCGUCUGUCACUAUCAACAAUAUAAUAGUUCACCUACCUGUCACCAUCAACAAUAUCACAUCUACCUGUCACUAUUACCAAUAUCAUAGUUCAUCUAAAUGUCACCAUCAACAAUAUAAUAGUUCACCUACCUGUCACCAUCAACAAUAUCAUAGUUCACCUACCUGUCACCAUCAACAAUAUCACAGUUCAUCUACCUGUAACUAUUACCAAUAUCACAGUUCAUCUACCUGUCACUAUCACCAAUAUCAUAGUUUACCUACCUGUCACCAUAAACAAUAUCACAGUUCAUCUACCUGUAACAAUUAA